GGCAGAGAGGAGAUGGAAAUAAAAGGCAGAUCCUAGCCAUAAAAAGGAAGGGGUAGUAAAGUAGCGAGAGCUUUGAAAAUUCUUGCAAUUACUGAUAUUAUCUAAACACACAGUACUACAAGUAUAUACCGGAAUUCAGUUUGUUGAAUUGAGACGAAUAAUAAACAUAUUGUAAAGAUGAGAGGUGGUUUAAGUACGAUCCAACAAACACUCAUGCCUGAGGCAGCAACGGUUCUGAACCACUCAAUCGCCGAAGCUGGCCGGAGGAACCACGGCCAAACGACGCCGCUUCAUGUGGCGGCCACCCUUUUGGCGUCUCCGUCGGGGUUUUUAAGACAAGCUUGUAUUAGGUCCCACCCCAACUCGUCUCAUCCGCUGCAGUGCAGAGCUCUGGAGUUGUGUUUUAGUGUUGCGUUGGAGAGAUUGCCGACGGCGAAUAAUAUGGCACCGGGUGAUGAACCGCCGAUUUCUAAUGCUUUGAUGGCGGCGUUGAAACGGGCUCAGGCGCAUCAGAGGAGGGGGUGUCCGGAGCAACAGCAGCAGCCGCUUCUCGCGGUGAAGGUGGAGCUUGAGCAGCUGAUUAUUUCGAUUCUUGAUGAUCCUAGUGUUAGUAGGGUGAUGAGGGAAGCUAGCUUCUCGAGUCCUGCUGUGAAGGCUACGAUUGAGCAGUCGUUGAAUUCAAUGAAUUCGACGACGGGUGGUAAUGGGAACCACGGUGCCAUCGGGGUUGGAUUGAGGACGAAUCUUAAUCCAACCCCGAUGGCGAUGCAGAUGACACCGGGGGUGUCUUCUGUAUCGAAUCGGAAUUUGUAUAUGAAUCCGAGGUUGCAUCAAGGGAAUUUGGGUAAUCGAGUUGGGAAUAAUAAUAGUGAUCAAAGAAAUGAGGAUGUUAAGAAAGUUCUUGAAAUUUUGUUGAGGAGUAGUAGGAAGAGAAAUCCUGUUUUGGUUGGAGACUCGGAGCCGGAGAUUGUGAUCAAGGAGGUUUUAAAGAGAGUUGAGGGCGGUGAAUUUCGUGAAGGGGGGCUGAAGAAUGUUGAAGUGAUCCAGAUAGAUAAGGAUCUUGUUUUGGAUAAAAGUCAAAUACCCGCAAAGAUUGAAGAGCUGGGAGGAGUUAUUGAGAGUCGAAUCGGGGAUCUGAAUAAUGAUAGAGGGGUUAUUCUUAAUUUGGGUGAUUUGAAAUGGCUUGUUGAGCAGCCUGUGGGGAUUGGAGUUCCAGGGGCAGGUGGGGCAGUUCAGCAACAACAGGUACUUUCAGACUUUGGCCGUGUAGCAGUGGCAGAGAUGGCUAAGCUUGUUGCAAGGUUUAAGGACAAGAGGAUUUGGUUGAUUGGAACUGCAACAUGUGAGAGUUAUCUGAGGUGCCAAGUUUACCAUCCGACAAUGGAAAAUGAUUGGGAUUUGCAGGCUGUUCCGAUUGCUGCAAGAACAAUGUUUCCAAGGGUUGGGAGCACUGCAAUUCUUAGCAGUUCUGUUGAGUCUUUGAGUCCAUUAAAAAGUUUUGCAACAUCAGCAACUCCGGCACCACGAUAUAUAUCGCAGAACGCUGAUCCUGCUCGAAAACUGACAUGUUGCCCCCAAUGUUCUGAGAAUUAUGAAAAAGAUCUUGCAAAACUAGUCGCCAAGGAGUUUGAGAAGUCAUCUUCUGAAGUUAAAGCCCAAGAAGCUCAGCCAAGCCUACCACAAUGGUUGAAAAAUGCCAAAGCCCUUGGCAGUGAGGCCAAGACAACAGAUCUGUUACAGCUGAAGGAUCAACAACGGGAGUACAAGCAAAAAAGUGAGGAGUUGCAGAAGAAAUGGAAUGAUACAUGCUUGCAACUGCAUACGAGUUAUCAUCGGAGCCCUGUCCCUGAGAGAAUUACUCCUACAGCUCUCACUUUGACAGGCUUGGGAUUGUAUAAUCCAAAAUUACUUGCUCGCCAGCCUCUCCAGGCUAAGUCACAGCACACAAGAAAUGUUGAGAAUCCUUUGCAAUUAAACUCAUAUCAAAUCUCUAGUGAGCCUUCCCAAAUGAAGUUACAACCAACCAGAGGUCUCGGAGAAUCUCUGCAAUUGCAUUCAAAUCGUGUUGGUAGCCAACCUCCCCAGCAGGCAUGUAGCCCUCCUCGCAGUCCAGUCCGGACUGACCUGGUUCUUGGGCCCACUAAAAUUGCUGAAAGAAGCCCUCAAAAGAUGAAUGAUGAGCCUGUUGUUAAGGACUUUCUGGGAUGCCUAUCUUCUGAACCUCAAGCCAAGUUUAAUCAAUUGUUGAAUGACAAAUUUGCAGAUGCAUUAGAUGCGGACUCAUUCAAAAAGCUUCUAAAAGGUCUUAUGGAAAAAGCUUGGUGGCAGCCAGAAGCAGCUUCUGCAGUGGCAACAACUGUAUCACAGUGCAAAAUAGGUCAUGGAAAACAGCGUGGUGCUGGAUCAAAGGGUAACAUAUGGCUAUUAUUCACAGGCCCAGAUCGGGUCGCUAAGAAAAAAAUGGCAUCAGUUCUUGCAGAACAUGUAUGUGGGACCAGUCCAGUAAGAAUAUGUCUCGGGUCUAGACGGGAAGAUGAAGAAGUCGAUGUGGGUUUCCGUGGUAAAACGGCGUUGGAUCGAAUUGCAGAGGCUGUUCGGAUAAACCCAUUUUCUGUAAUUAUGCUCGAGGACAUUGAUGAAGCAGAUAUGUUGUUACGUGGGAGCAUCAAACGAGCAAUGGAGAGAGGUCGACUUACUAAUUCUUAUGGCCGGGAGAUCAGUCUUGGGAAUGUCAUUUUCAUACUAACUGGAAAUUGGUCAGCGGGGAAUUUGAAAAAUAUUGAUAAUGGAUGUUUUCUUGACGAAGAUAAUCUUGCUUCUGCUGCUAGUUCUAGUUGGCAAUUGAGGCUUAGCAUGGUUGAAAAGAAUGCAAAGCGGCGAGCAAGUUGGCUCCAAGACAAAGAUAGACAAACAAGGGCUAGGAAAGAAACGAGUUCUGGAUUGUGCUUGGAUCUCAAUCAAGCAGCAGAUGCAGAGGAUGAUGGGUCGAAUAAUUCAAGUGAUCUAACUAACGACCGAGAAACUGAGCUUAGCCUUGACAACAGUCAAUUUUCUAUUACAUCCGUUCCUCAAGAGUUGGUCAUUUCUGCUGAUGCUGCAAUCACCUUUGGACCUGCUAACUUUGAGCACAUGCAAUGUGAGAUUGAGAAGACAAUUACGAAGACAUUCGGGAAUAUACUGGAUGACACAUCUUCACUGGAAAUACAAGAAGACGCUCUCCAAAAGAUACUCGCGGGUUUGUGGUUUGGUCAAACAAGUCUACAAGAUUGGGCAGAGAGGGUUUUAGUUCCUACUUUCCGCCAGCUCAAGUCAACUUCUACAUUGGACGGAUCAAUGGCGUACAGGCUCGAGAUCGAUGAAAUGAGUUCUGGUAGAGGAAGUGACAGAGGAUGGCUCCCCAGCAGAGUUUCAGUGAAUGGCAUUCCAGAGUAAGGGGAAGGGACACAGUCGCGUUUCUGUGUUCCGGCAUGGCACAGAUGUAAAUAGGGUCUACACCAUAUAGUAAGGGGAAAGGGGAGGGGGGUAUACUGUUACUCUUAGCAGGGGAAAUGGGUAAAGAAAAUACUAGUAGUAGACAAUGUGAGAGGUUAAUAAGAGCAUAAUCAGUCCUUGUCAACUUUUCUUUAAAUUUCCUAGAGCUAGGAGUAUUUUAUUUAUCUCUUUAUGUUUACAUAUGUAACACCUGUAGCUUCUCUCAUAAAUAAGAUCCAUGUAGUUAAUUAUCA